AUGACAACAUGUACUGUCAACGCUAUGAUGUCGCCAGUUGCAGUGGUUGGAAAUGCUCUGAUUUUGAUGGCAGUUUGGAAGAACCAGUCACCCCGAACUACUUCUUACAUUCUUCUUGGUGGAUUGGCGAUCACUGAUCUUCUCACUGGGCUCAUAGUACUGCCAUUUCUAGUCGCAAGCACGGUAAUAGAGGUCAAUAAUCAGCUGACAACAUCCCUGUGUUUAUUAACAGGAAUAUUCCUUUAUGGAAUCAGCAGUUAUCGCUCAUUAGUCAGCAUCUUUGAAAUGACUUUUAUGUCGAUUGAUAGAUGGCUACACAUGAAGCGUAAUUCCAUGAUAACCGUAAAACGCGUUUAUAAAGCGUACUUUGUCAUGUACCUUCUUCCAAUUCCGCUCAUUGCGUUCCGUUUGGUUCAGUCCGCAGAUGGCUGCGUUUUCCUUCGCUCAGACGUUGCAGAAGGCAUGUGGUUUUACUCUGUCUUCUUAUUACAGCGUUUUUCUGCUUCAAAGUUUUUCAAAUAA